AUGUCCUCUCCUCUCCGUUCUUGUGAGGAAGAUGAGGGCAUGGCGGUUAAUUCCGAGGGAGGAGAUUUUGAUGAAGAAGACGAAGACGACGGCGAGCUGGACGAGAACGCGAGCGACAUAAACUCGCCGGCAGCGCCUCGAGAAACUGCAGCGCUAACCGCGCCAGAUGAUGUUGAGGAUGGCGGAGAAACAUCAGACAGGGAAAGCAUGGGAAAGAAGAAAAGAGGUCCAAAAAAGAAGAAGGAAACUAAGAAGAAAGACAAAGACAGCAAGACCACCAAAGCACGCAAGCGCAAAAAAAUUGACAGUGAUAUAGAGAGAGACUCGGAACAGGACUAUGGUGUAAACUCCGACAGUGCGGUCAGUGAUUAUGGAGAGAAGAAGAAGAAAAAGAAGCAUAAAGACAAGAAAGAAAAGAAGACCAAGAAAAAGAAGAAAGAUGAUGAUGACAGUACACAUGAAGAGACCACAAAACCAGUAGAACUAAAGACAUCUGCUCAGUUGGCAAAAGACUGGGGUCUGGAGGAUGUGGAUCAUACUUUCACAGAGGAGGACUAUCGCACACUAACCAACUACAAGGCCUUUAGCCAGUUUAUGAGGCCUAUGAUAGCUAAGAAGAACCCUAAGAUCCCUAUGUCUAAAAUGAUGACCAUUUUGGGAGCGAAGUGGAGAGAGUUCAGCUCCAAUAACCCUUUCAAAGGUUCAGCAGCCGCUAUUGCGGCUGCAGCAGCCGCCGCCGCAGCAGCCGUUGCUGAGCAGGUCUCCGCGGCAACCGCCUCUCCUGAGCCGCCCCCUCAGCCACCUCCACUACGCAAGGCCAAGACCAAAGAAGGGAAAGGCCCUGGUUAUAAGAAGCGCAGCAAGAGUGUACGCGCUGCUGACAAAAAGAAGCCCAAACCUAAGAAAAUGGCUCCCCUUCGAAUAAAACUGGGAGCUCUGGGGAACAAGCGCAAGAAGAGCAGCUCGAGCGAGGAUGUGGAGGAUGAUGACUCUGAGCAGGAAAACUCGAGCGUGCACAGCUCAUCAGUACGCUCAGACAGCUCUGGCCGGGUGAAAAAGAACAAGCGAGGUCGGCCAGCAAAGAAGAAGAAAAAGGUGCUGGGAGAUGAAGAAGGUGAUGGCUAUGAGACAGAUCAUCAGGACUACUGUGAGGUCUGUCAACAGGGAGGGGAGAUCAUCUUGUGUGACACAUGUCCCAGAGCAUAUCACCUAGUAUGUCUAGAGCCCGAGCUGGAAAAAGCUCCUGAGGGCAAGUGGAGCUGCCCACACUGCGAGAAAGAAGGGAUUCAGUGGGAGGCGAAAGAAGAAGACUUUGAGGAGUUUGAGGAAGAGUGUGAUGAUGGAGGAGUGGUGGAGCCAGGACCAGGAGGAGAGGAAGAGGAGGAUGACCAUAUGGAGUUCUGCCGAGUCUGUAAAGAUGGAGGGGAGCUGCUUUGCUGUGACUCCUGCCCUUCCUCUUAUCACAUACACUGCCUCAACCCCCCACUGCCUGAAAUACCCAACGGAGAGUGGCUCUGCCCCAGAUGUACAUGUCCACCAAUUAAAGGGCGAGUGCAGAAGAUCCUACACUGGCGAUGGGGCGAACCUCCGCCUCCUGUACCAGUUCCUCCACCCCCAGAUGCACCACCUGAUGCUCCACCCCCACCUCCAAUGAAAGGCCGGCCAGAGAGAGAGUUCUUUGUGAAGUUGGCAGGACAGUCCUACUGGCACUGUACAUGGAUCACUGAACUUCAGCUGGAGAUCUUUCAUUCUGUGAUGUUCCGUAACUACCAGCGGAAGACAGACAUGGAUGAGCCACCAAGUCUGGACUAUGGCUCUGGAGGAGAAGAGGAUUCUGGGAAAAGUGAGAAACGACGGGCCAAAGACCCUCAGUACGCUAUCUUGGAGGAGAAAUACUACCGCUACGGCAUUAAACCAGAAUGGAUGAUGGUACACAGAAUAAUUAACCACAGUGUGGAUAAAAAGGGGAACUACCACUACCUGGUGAAGUGGAGAGAUUUAACUUAUGAUCAGUGUACAUGGGAAAGAGAUGAUUUGGAUAUCCCAGAGUUUGGCAUCCAUAAGGCAGCUUACUGGAGACACAGAGAGGAGGUGAUGAAAGAGGACCCAGACAAGCCAAGGAAGAUGAGGAGAAAAGAGGAGAAUGAUGAAGCUCCUGGCACACCCGUUAAUGAUCCCACAAUAAAGUACGAGGAGCAACCAGACUUUGUGACAGUCACAGGUGGAACUUUGCACCUCUACCAACUGGAAGGCCUCAACUGGCUACGCUUCUCUUGGGCUCAGGGGACCGAUACAAUCCUGGCUGAUGAGAUGGGCCUGGGCAAGACAAUACAGACCAUAGUCUUUCUUUACUCACUCUUCAAAGAGGGUCACACCAAGGGACCGUUCCUGGUUAGCGCCCCACUCUCCACCAUCAUCAACUGGGAGAGGGAGUUUGAGAUGUGGGCUCCAGAUUUUUAUGUUGUCACAUACACCGGAGACAAAGACAGUAGAGCUAUCAUCCGUGAGAAUGAGUUCUCCUUUGAUGACACUGCCGUAAAAGGAGGAAAAAAGACCUUCAAACUGAGGAGAGAGGCUCCAAUUAAAUUCCAUGUGUUGCUGACAUCCUACGAGCUGGUGACUAUUGACCAGACUGCCCUGAAAUCCAUCGACUGGGCCUGUCUAGUAGUGGACGAAGCUCACCGGCUCAAAAAUAAUCAGUCCAAGUUUUUCAGGCGGCUAAAUGACUAUAAGAUUGAUCAUAAGCUGCUGCUAACAGGCACGCCCCUUCAGAACAACCUGGAAGAGCUUUUUCACCUGCUUAACUUCCUCACGCCAAACCGCUUCAAUAAUCUUGAGGGAUUUCUGGAGGAGUUUGCAGACAUCUCCAAAGAGGACCAGAUAAAGAAGCUGCAUGAUCUGCUGGGGCCGCACAUGCUGAGACGGCUCAAGGCGGAUGUGUUUAAGAACAUGCCGGCUAAAACAGAGCUCAUUGUGCGUGUGGAGCUAAGCCCUAUGCAGAAAAAAUACUACAAGUUCAUCCUGACGCGGAACUUUGAGGCAUUGAACUCGAAGGGAGGAGGGAACCAGGUUUCUCUGCUCAACAUCAUGAUGGACCUGAAAAAAUGCUGCAACCACCCCUACCUCUUUCCUGUCGCAUCCAUGGAGGCUCCAAAGGCACCAAGUGGGUCAUAUGAGGGGGUCAGCCUCACAAAAUCUUCUGGGAAACUGAUGCUGCUGCAGAAGAUGCUGAGAAAACUGAAAGAGCAGGGCCAUCGUGUGCUUGUGUUCUCUCAGAUGACUAAGAUGCUGGAUUUGCUAGAGGAUUUCCUGGACUAUGAGGGUUAUAAGUAUGAGCGUAUUGACGGGGCAAUCACUGGAGCACUGCGACAGGAGGCCAUAGACAGAUUCAAUGCUCCUGGAGCACUUCAGUUCUGUUUCCUUUUGUCUACAAGGGCAGGGGGAUUGGGAAUCAAUCUGGCAACUGCAGACACUGUCAUUAUCUUUGAUUCUGACUGGAACCCUCACAAUGAUAUUCAGGCCUUCAGUCGGGCCCAUAGAAUUGGUCAGGCAAAUAAGGUGAUGAUCUAUCGGUUUGUGACCCGUGCGUCUGUUGAGGAACGGAUUACCCAGGUAGCCAAGCGUAAGAUGAUGCUGACCCACCUGGUGGUGCGACCAGGGCUGGGCUCCAAAGCUGGCUCUAUGUCAAAGCAGGAGCUAGACGACAUCCUGAAGUUUGGCACAGAGGAGCUGUUCAAGGACGAAACUGAAGCUGGAGACAAUAAGGAUGACGACAGCAGCGUGAUUCACUAUGAUAACGCUGCCAUCGAACGUCUGCUGGACCGGAGUCAGGAUGACACUGAUGACACGGACAUGCAGAACAUGAACGAGUACCUUAGCUCCUUCAAAGUAGCCCAGUACACAGUCCGAGAGGACGACAAGAUUGAGGAGAUUGAGAGAGAGAUCAUUAAGCAAGAGGAGAAUGUAGACCCAGAUUACUGGGAGAAACUUCUCCGGCACCAUUAUGAGCAGCAGCAGGAGGAUCUGGCUCGGAACCUGGGCAAGGGCAAGAGAGUUCGCAAACAGGUCAACUACAAUGAUGCUGCACAGGAGGAUCAAGAGUGGCAUGCUGAUAUCUCAGACAACCAGUCUGAAUACUCUGUGGGAUCUGAGGAGGAGGACGAGGACUUUGAUGAAAGGCCAGAAGGUCGAAGGCAGUCUCGAAGGCAGAUCAGAAACGAAAAGGAUAAACCACUGCCUCCUCUGUUGGCUCGAGUGGGAGGCAACCUUGAGGUAUUGGGCUUUAACACGCGACAGAGAAAAGCCUUCCUAAAUGCGGUGAUGAGAUGGGGUAUGCCUUCUCAGGAUGCUUUCUCCUGCCAGUGGCUGGUCCGUGACCUGCGUGGCAAAAGCGAGAAAGAGUUCAAGGCAUAUGUUUCUCUCUUCAUGAGGCACUUGUGUGAGCCGGUAGCUGAUGGUUCAGAGACAUUUGCUGAUGGCGUGCCGAGAGAAGGUCUGUGCAGGCAACCUGUGCUGACUCGCAUUGGAGUCAUGAGCCUGGUGAAAAAAAAGGUUCAGGAAUUUGAACACAUUAAUGGAAAAUGGAGUAUGCCUGAACUGAAGCCUGAAAUCACAGGGGACUCCAAGAAAUCCUCAAGAGCUUCCUCACCUGCCAUCAAAACAGCUACACCCACUCCAGAUCAAAGCUGCAACAACACACCCUGCACCUCAAAGCCAGCCACACCCUCUCCACCUGAGAAACCAGAAAAGAUUGGAAAGGAGGGAGAGCGAGAAGAGGGAGAGGGCCUGAAUGAUGCAGAGAAAGAGAAGGAGAAGGGGAGAGAGGGGAAAGAAGGAGAGAACACAGACAGUGCAGAAUCCAAAGAGGAGACUGAAAAAGAUACCGCACUCAGUGAAAAGCCUGAGCUAUCUGAAGGGUUUACAGGAGCAAGUGCUGGAGACUCCAAGUCAAAAGAAGUUUCUGACACCAUUCCACCCUCACAGUCAAACUGUGGGAAAGAGAAGGGUGGAGAGGAGAGCCCUGAUAAGGACACUGGCUGUGAAAAAGUGAAGGAAGAAUCCUUAUCAGAGCUUCAUGCAAUCAAAGAGGAAAAGCAAGCAGCAGAGAAAGGGGAGAAGAGUGAAAAAGGAGGAACAGGUGAAAAAGUAACGGAAGAGAAAGAAAAGAGCGAGCACAUUCCUGUUGCUACAGAAACAGCGGAAAAGAAGGAGAAAACAGAAGGCCAAGUGCAGGAUGUGAAGAACGAUGAGGGCAAGAUUGAAAAGGAUGCUGGGAAAGAGGUCAAAGGGCAAAAGGAGGAGACGGCCAAGGGGAACGGCAGACCAGCCGAGCGUCCACGGUUCAUGUUCAACAUUGCAGAUGGAGGAUUUACAGAAUUGCACACACUGUGGCAGAACGAGGAGCGAGCAGCAAUCUCAUCUGGAAAGAUGAAUGAGAUCUGGCAUCGGCGGCACGACUUCUGGCUUCUGGCUGGCAUCGUACUUCAUGGUUAUGCCAGAUGGCAGGACAUUCAGAACGACCCCCAGUUUGCCAUCGUCAAUGAGCCAUUCAAGUCCCAAGCCAACAAGGGCAACUUCCUGGAGAUGAAGAACAAGUUCUUAGCCAGGAGGUUUAAGCUGUUAGAGCAGGCGCUGGUGAUCGAGGAACAGCUGCGUCGGGCAGCGUACCUUAACAUGACGCAGGACCCUACUCACCCGGCCAUGGCUCUGAAUGCACGCUUCGCUGAGGUGGAGUGUCUGGCAGAAUCACACCAACACCUCAGCAAAGAGUCGCUCGCAGGAAACAAACCUGCCAAUGCCGUCCUACACAAGGUUCUGAACCAACUGGAGGAGCUUCUUAGCGAUAUGAAAGCUGAUGUAACACGGCUUCCGGCAACACUGUCUAGAGUCCCACCAAUUGCAGCACGCCUGCAGAUGUCCGAGAGGAGUAUUCUCAGCAGAUUGGCCAACAAAGGCAAUGAGACACACACCCCACCGCCAAUCCCACCUGGACCAUAUGCAACUCCACAGAACUACGGCCCCCCUUUCACCCCAGCUCCACCGGCCAUGGCUCUGGCUGUGGCCAACUACAGCCAGAUGCCUCCAGGCUCAUUCAUAUCAGAAGCCCCACUCUGCCUGAAGACCAAAGAGCACAACGUUCUACAGCGCCAGCGUGUGGUGGACCUUUGGAAGGACGGCAGGUCGGAAGGGUCUAUUGGACAGGAGCUGCACAUGCCAAAAUCCACUGUGCACAGCAUCAUCGUUAAAUACCGCCUCAGCAACACAGUGGAGAACCUCCCUCGCAACGGCCGACCCAAAAAGCCCUGACUGAUAGAUGCCAUGGACAAAAACACACACUCUAAAAGGAGAAAGAACAGGAGAGAGAAAUUAAUGUUCAUAAAAAGAAAGAAAUGUUAGAAAUCAAGCCAGAAGAAGCUUAGAAAGUCAGGCUGGGGAGAUUGCAAAUCUGAAAAAAUGUACAGAGGGAGAGUGAAAAGGGGUGAGGGGUGCAGAAGAGGGGCUGUCAGGAAACAGCUUAGGACAUACAAAAAGGAGAGAAGAGAUGAGAGCAAUUUAAGGUACAUACGACCUCCCUGGCUGCCAAAGCAAAACAAUAAAGUCAUCAAGAGUAAUAUGAACAGACGGCAAGGUGAAUAGUCUGAAUAAAGUGAAGUGAGCAGGAAUGACAAAAGAGGAAAUCACCCAACCGUUACCAGUGAAAAGUGGGAGCCAGUGAAAGCCUGCAAAAAAGCACCCGUCACACCCCCCCACACUCACUUUCAUCUCUCUCUCCGACAGAAACCCCAGCGGAUUUAUCUUUCAUUUGGCAAGAGAAAUAAGUGCACAUGUCGAAGUACCCAGGAUCUUUACUCCCUAAUUCCUGUCGAAAUCUCUCUCUCUCUCUCUCUCUCUCUCUCUCUCUCUCUCUCUCUCUCUCACUUUUAAUCUAUCUUUCUCUCUCUCUCUCUCUCGAGCCCCUUCUCACAUUCAGAGGGAGUACUGAAACAUUUUAUAGUGUCAAAUACAAGGAAUUCCUGAGAUAGAUUGCAAGUUUGUUUUGUUUUCUCAACAUUUCCCAUCCUGAUCGAAGGCUUUAGGGAAUCACAGACUGAAGGAUGAGAUGGACAGCUUUGGGUUUUUUUUUUAUUUAUUUAUUUUUUAUUUUUUUUGCACCUUGAUGGUGAACUGAGUAAUUCUGGGAAACAAUCAUUGAUGUUUAAAUCUUCUUAUCAGCGAUUCUGUGAAACCGGGAAAAAACAAAACAAAAAAACAAGAACUGAAACCAGGACGAUGCCAAGAAGCAUUUUUUUUAAACAGUUCUUAAACAACUUUUUUAUAUUAUCAAUGCAAAGCUGAACAAACUUUUAUGGUAGUAUUUUUUGCUCUGACUGACCAUGUGAAUGGCAAUUCGGGAUAUUGGUAUGUGGUUUGUGUUGGCUAGACACAGGUAGCCUCAAAUCUAAGCAGGACAUUUGGUCUUGGAGAAAUAAACAUGGAGAAACUUGGAGAAGUAAACUCCUGUUUUGUUUCGACAGUAUAUGGCUGUGCCGUGCUAAGAUUCCUGCAUUGGUAGACCUAAAAUGGGAUUUUAUGGCUUUGAAUUUGAGGUUGAUUUGGAGGACAAGCAGGUCUGGGAGCAGUCCAAAGGGGACGUUGCUUAAAUUCCUGAUCAGUAGCAGAGCCAGAUCAGAUUAGCUAGAAUCAGCCCCCCAGCAGGACCCUCAUACAGUGCAGAACUGCUAUGGGAGAACUUUCACUGUGCAUGCACAUACACACACAUUCACAGGUUGAAGAGACAAAGGUGCAUAUUUCAUAAAUAAAGGUUUGAGGUGGUUUUUUUUUUUUGUGUACAAAAUGGUGUAUGUGUGGGUGUGUUUUUUUUUUAUACAUGCACUUGUGCAUGGUGUGAAGUUAAGGUUUGACACUGAUGCUCUGUGUGGGUUUGUUCCCAUUGCCGCUAGGAGAGUGAUUAAUUGUGUAAGCGAAGUGGUUGUUUAGACAGGCAGGGGUCACAGAGGCUGUCUGCCAACUGAAUAUUUUUCUGGAUAACUGAACUAGAGAAGGCGGUUAUGCAGGAGCAAACCUGUGCAGCGAAGCAGUGAAUACAAGUAUUUGAUUCCCUCGGAUCAGAUUUGCUGAGUGAGAGAGACAGCGAGUACUAAAAAAAAAAAGAAGAAGAAGAAAAAAAAGAUCUGAAUGUGAGAUAUAAGUUAUUUUCCUUGUCCCGUGUGGAAAAAUCUUGCUUGUUAUUUAAGACCCUGGUUUGUUCCUUUUCUUUUUGCCAGUCAGAAAAGAAUGUUUAUGAAAUAGUCUGAAUUAGAUUUCAAGGUGAUAAGUUCUCUUUCUUUAUUUUCCUCUACUCUUCUACAAUGUAUAUGACCAUUUCUGAUUUAAGCAUUUUGCACAAGCAGCAUCAUUUAAUCAAAGCAGAUAUAGUAGCACCACAUUAUCAAGGCAAUAAUGUAUUUUUUUUAUAAAUAUGUUUGUUCAAUGUGAGGAAUAAAAUAUAAUGGGGUGUACUGUAUUAUAGGGACAGAAUCAGUAAUGGGGUCAUAUGAUUUUGACCUGAUGUAAAGCUGAUUGUUUUCCAUGACAGCCUAUUAUCUAUGUGUUUUAUUCGUCUACAGCAAUAUGCCAUUGCUUACAAUGUUUUUGUAGUGCCUCUUUCACUGGUAGGUCCAUCCAUCCUUCCAAAUUUCACAUGAGCACAAUAUCUUAUGAACAAGUCGUUUAAUGUUUGGAGGAUUUACAUGGAAACAUUGUUACCAGGUGAUAAACUGAUUAGACUUUGGAUUUGAUCCUAACAGGGUCAUGGUCACAGUUCAAAUGUCUAAAAUAUCUUUUAUUUCUAGCUUCCUUGCUGAUUGAAGUACAUUUUAAGAGUAUUGGUAAACAAUCUAGUAACCAGAAGGACUAUACUUUAUUAUAAAUUAGCACAUUGUACUUUGUAUUCAUUUAUAGUUAUGUUUAAUGUUGUGAAACGUCCACUAAAAGAGUAAAACCCUUGUAAGCUCUGAUUCUAGCAGCUAUAAGCGUUUAUCACUAUACUAGCCUUGUUUUUUUUUUUUUUAGUUAGUAAAUGGAGCUUGUAAUGUUAUCAAGAAAGCAUCCAGAAAACUUUUUUCAUAGGGCUUUACUGCUGACACUGGAGACUCCUUCCAUAAGUGCUAAAGAAACCUCACCUUUGAAUUAGCGUAAUUUUAUAGAAUCCAAGCCAUUAUAUAAAAUUAAGCAACACUUGUUGACUAAUCUGAACUGAAAGUAUAACAGCAUGCCUGUAUUAGGUGCAAAGAAAUAUUGAAAUAUUUUUUUUUUUUUUGCUGAGAGCAGGUCAGGUAAUGCCUUGACCCGGAAAUCACUGUAAGUUAAAAUAUUAUUACUGUAGUAUGCAGCUAUAGAAUGUAAUGUCAUCCAUUUUUUGCUCUUUUAGUAUUACAAUAACACAAGAAACCUCAUUCAUAUUCAUAGAUCUCUCAUCUCAUAUUCAUGCAGUACAUACCAUAUACUGUAUUUUCCUGUAGUUAUUAUUCUCAAUGUGUAUUAUAACUGCUUUUGUUCUACAGUUAGCUAGUUAUUCUACAAGCGAUCUGGUGGUCAGACGUUCAAGAAUGCAUUUACACAGCAAACCUUUUGAAAACAUUAAAAGCGUGUUAAAUUGUACCAAUUCAAGGUCUUGGGUAGCAUUAUUGAUUCAAUUUUUCACAUUAUAACCUGCUGCUCCUGGAGCUUUUUUGUGGUGCAAGUGCUCACAUGGAAAAUGUCUUGCAUGGCUAAAAGUCUUCUUCUCAUGACAUGCUAUUUAUUUAAAAAGUGAUGUCCUUCACAUAUUGUGUGUGUUGGUACCAAAGAAGAAAAAAAAAAAGAGUAGCAUGCCUGCAAUUUGCAAACCAGUGUGCACAAAUGUAGUAUAUGGAAUUGUGCAAUCUAGUCGAGCUGCAGAGGGAAUUCUUCAAUGUUCUGACAGACCUGCGAUUAUAAAACCAGUCCCUCAAACAGGCAUAGCAAUGGUCCAGGUUUCAGACUUAAAUGUGAAACAUCCCAAAAGUGUCUUAAAUCGUGCCUAAUUAAUAAUAGAGCAUCUAUAACAUGCGAUUGAAAUGUAGUCUAUGUUAGAAAAGAACAGAUGUGAGUAAAGGAAUGGAAUCUCAUUCACACAAUAACACUCAGUCAUUGUAGUUUUGCAUCCAAAUUUGAAAGGUUUUUUUUCCACUUUCAGAACAUAACUGUAACACUAGUGGGCAAGUGCUGACAGGCUGCAGUAUGACAUGAUUCACAAUUUAGAAUCACAAUUUUGUGUGUGUCUGUGUUGGUGAGGGAAAGAUCUUUUUUAUAAACAAAUCCUUUUAUUUUUUACAUUGUUUUCAUUAUAUGUGAUCAUAAGGAACUUCACAUUGAAAUGUGAUCAGCAGUGGGUUUUUUUUGUUUUGUUUUUUUAUCAUUUUUAUUUCAUUUUUAAGAAAUCAAAUAAUGUACAACAAAAGGCAAACACCUGGGAAAAAGACAGAAAAGCAUAAAAAAAAAAGUUGAAGAGAUGGAAGAAAGUCACGAUAAUAACGAGUGAUGAAAGAAAGUAUUCAAAAUGGAAAAAUGAAGAGGGGGUGGUGAUUCAAAGACAGGUUUAUUUAAAUAGUGGGGAUUGUUCUUUGGAAUGGAAGACUUAGAAUCGUCUUGUCUGACUGUAAAAGCUAAAUGUGAUCCAUGUGUGUGUGUUUCUUUAGUGCUGAAUGGGCCUCCAAUGUCAGUCAAAAAAGAGCGAGAGGCCGAGCUUAUGAUGGGAAGGAGGGAGCAACGCAGUGGAGAAGUGAUCUGCAUCGACGAUUGAGGCCAGCCAUUAUUCCCCGCUCUAAAUACACACACACACACACACACACACACACACACACACACACACACACACACACACACAGCCUUUCUCUUCUACUCUCAGCAGACUUAAAUUGAUGAAAGUAUAGUAUGGUUGUGAUAUAUAAAUGAAAUUGAACAACAAAUUGUGGGAAAGAUUAUCUGAAAACACACCACAUAACUUUAACUGGCAAACGUAAUAGUUAUUAGAAUAGUGCUGCUUUGAUGAAAACCAGUGUAACAGGCUAUAUGAACAAAACAGUACACCACACGCACACACACACACACACACACACACACACACACACACAACCACUUACAAAUACACUCCUUGUUGUCUAUCUAUUCUUGCUCAAAUUCUGCCUUGAACUGACUACUCAGAGACACACAAAACAUCUUACACACAAACACACACACAACUACAGAACCUCAUUAGCAUCCUGCCUCCCUCUGAAUCAGAGAUGAAGCUGCAUGUGUGUGUAAAAGCAUUUUACCAGGCUUCAUAUUAUCCCUUUGGUUCCACAGCAUGCGUUCCCAUUUGUGUUUCAUGUUAAAAGAAACAUCCAUGCAUCCAGCUGUGCUUCCCGUUCCAUACUACAGUCUGAGCAACAGCAGGAUUUUAUUUUUUGCCAUUUCAACACAGGUAGCUGUACAGCUAACGCUGAGAACAGUGCUGUUCUUUACAUUAACAGGCACAGUUAUCGAGACUAAAUCGACUUCUUUAAGAUGCAGCUCUUGCUUUUGCAACUACUCCACAUGCUAUUUGGAGUUUUUUUCGAGCUGCUCGAUACGAUCACGAUGGAGACAGAGGUAUUGUCAGUAUAAGACAGAGGCAUUGGUCAGUGGUCUCUUCUUAGAAUUGACAGGCUUUUUUUGGCAUCUAGCUUUUGGAACACAAGCAUUGAUAUGUAUUUAGACUGACACAUUUGAAUUAAGCCAUGACAUGUCAUUCAAUUAAACUUCAAUAAGUAUUUUUUAGCUGUCAACUUCAUGAUGGUUAUUAGAUCAAGUUCAACAGUGCUCUAGUCUAAUUCCCUUCUGGCUCCAUUUUCUUUUUCCCCACUUUUUCUCCACACCACUGUACUCUUUCUUCCUCUUAUGAAGACAAAAACUCCUACUUCUUUAAGUCUCAGCACUCCUUUCCAUAUUGUUUUUUCACAUUUCUCUUUCUUCUUUUUACAGAGUCUCUGAAUUGUUUGCAUAUUUAAGCUCAGUUCAUUGUGGGGUUUUUUUUUCUGUAUUUUUAAUCCUUGUUUCUACCAACUAUAAUUAUUGUUAAUGUUACUGUUGAUGUUGUCCUUGAUGUUACGGUUGCGAAGCUUCUACCAAAUGAAAAUAAGGAAAAAAAGAUAAUUCUUUGUAUGUUUGGUCCAUGAUAUUUCUCUAUAUACAGCAUAUUGUUAUAAUAGCCAACGAAGAGGUUGAACGAACUUCGGAAUUAACAUCUUCCUAGCUUGCGAUCUACAGUAGAUUUUUGGGGCUUGCCAGUAACCUGCACACAGUGGAUCACUCAUGUAAUCCUAAAAUGAAUCAAUAAUAUAAUAAAUUCAUUUGUUAUAUCUAAGAUUAUCCCAAAAAAAUUCAAAUCCCUACAUCGUCUCUUUCAAACUUGACACCUUUGGCUGCUGAAAUGCACAGUAUUAAUGACAUAAGCGCCUUAACAGCAAACCAACUGUAAAGAUUUGAACAGAGUAUGUAAUUCUGCACCUGCUUGCUCUUACAUUAUCCUUAGCUAGGCCUCAACUCUAUUAAUCUGUCAAUAAAUAGAUAACGAGUUGAAAAUAAUUUUAAUUUAUUUGCUCUACUCCCUUGCAUACCUCCUGUGUGAAGACUGAAAAAAAUGAUAUUUCAUUGCUUGAGAAUAAAAUUGGGAGUCUAAGUGUUAAAUCAAGCACCACUUUUUGUCCACUCUGUAUUUCUGUUUUUUUUUGUUUUUUUUUUUGUUUCUUUUCCAAACAUUUCAUUUAUUAAUAAGUGUCACUGUGUAAGCUGUGGUUCCGGACCAGUUCCAAAUCAGUGGCUAUGUUGUGAUUUGACUCCAGGUGGACGAACGGAACAUGUUAAUAAUGCAUCUUUCUUUUCUUUUGUUUGUAAUAAAGAUUCGAAUGAAAAACA